AUGACAGGAUCGCACAGCGUCCCCGCAACGGGUCCUUCUCACUCGCACCAUGCUAAUCCUCCAACCUCGGCCGCCUCCUCCUCUUCCAAGACAAUCGUAAUCAAGCUCGGCACCUCCUCAAUCAUUUCCGAAGAAACACAGCUCCCGAAAAUCGCCAUUCUUUCUUCGCUUGUCGAAACAUGUCACAAACUGCGGUCUCUUGGUCACAAGGUCGUCAUUGUCUGUUCUGGAGCCAUUGGGAUGGGACGAAUCCGAAUGCAUGUUAAUGAAAAGCCCAAGUCUCUCGGUGAACGACAAGCGCUUGCCGCGCUCGGCCAGCUACGACUCAUCGCCCUUUGGGACUCGCUCUUCGGCACUGUGGGCAUCGACGUCGCACAGGUUCUCCUCACUCGAAACGAUAUCGCCGAUCGACCUCGGUAUAACAACGCACGAACUACACUCAACACUCUUAUAUCCGCGCCAUUCAAUGCCAUCCCUAUCGUGAACGAGAACGAUACAGUGUCGGUAUCAGAGUUGAGGUUCGGUGACAAUGACACAUUAUCAGCGAUUACAGCCGGGCUGGUAGACGCCGACUUUCUAUUUCUGUGCACAGAUGUAGAUGGCCUGUACACGGGUAACCCGCGCAGCGAUCCAAAUGCCAGGCGAUUGGGUGUUGUAGAGGACGUAGCAGCUGCACGCAAAGCGGUCUCGGUAGCGACGAUGGGUUCGAGUUUUGGUACCGGUGGGAUGCAGACCAAGCUGAUUGCUGCGGAGUUGGCCACAGCGGCAGGUGUUGCUACUGUGAUUAUCAACGGUGAACAUCCGGAAAACAUGAUCAAGGUCGUGGCCAAGGGUAUUCCGUCAAUCGGAACGGAAAGUACGUCGUUGAGGAUGGACUCGUUGGCUUCGUCGGUGUCGUCGUUGGCAUCGGACGAGAAGGAACUGAUCGGAUAUCCGCCGUUAGACAGCCCGGCGCAUACGAUCUUCCUGCCGAAAGCGAAUCCGUUAUCUUCGAGGAAAUGGAGCAUUUUGCACGCCUUGCAUCCAGCAGGCGCACUGAUCAUCGACGAAGGCGCCUUUAAACGCAUAGCUCGUGCUGAUUCUGGUGGACGAUUGUUGCCUGCAGGUGUGGUAGGGGUUGAGGGUAACUGGGAACGCAUGCAGGCUAUUCGUUUGGUGGUGCGACGUCGCAUCUCCAAAGCGAUCCCCCACGCCACGGGGUUGGAGCAAGGCGCACCGCUGAGCAACUCAACUCCCAUCGCUCGAAGUUUGGGUCAGUACCUCUUGAGGAACGAUACAGACUCGGUCUCAGGUACAAGAACUCCACCGGUCAUCGAUUCGCUUAGAAAGGGCUCUGUCGCAGCUGCAUCUGUGCCGUCCAGUCCAUCCAGCACAGCCGCUUCGCCAGCAGAUGCAGCAGCACAUGCAACCACAUCACAGAGCACCUUGACCAAAGACGGCGACCAAGACUGGGAAUGGCAGCUGAUCGAAGUAGGAAGGGCCCUAGCCAAUUACACCUCGAUCGAAAGCGAGAGGAUCAAAGGCUUGAAAUCUUCUCAAAUCUCAUCCACGUUAGGAUACGCUGACUCCGAGUAUUUGACCGAUCAGGUGGCUUUGCAUACUCUUUCCCUGCCCGAUCCUUACCCUUCGCAAUGA